AUGGCGACUUCCUACAGAAAGAUACCGAAGAAGCUUUGGAAUAUCUUGAAGAAAUUUCUGAAAAAUUCUCUUGAGAGUUCAAUGAAAAUUCUCGCAGAAUCCCAACUAGAGUUCAGGACUUAUUUCACUCAGGUGAUAGAGGAAUUGAAGGACAUAAAGAUUCAAAUAACAAAGUUAAAUGAUUCUUCAGUCAUUCAAGAGCGUGGUAAGCUUCCCGCUCAACCUCUAAUCACUCCCAAAGGGCAACAAAUGGCACAAACCUCCGCUCCUUCAGAGUCUAAUUUCAAAGGGGUUAAUGCCAUUACUACCCGAAGUGGUCAAAGUACAGUAUCACCAUUACCUAAGACCACUAGUGUACCAAUGCCUGUUCCAGAUGCUGAUGUGCCACAGAACCUUCCACUAAAGGUGCCCUUUCCUCAGGCUUUGAAAUCCACUGGGAAGGUACUGGAAAGUCAUAGUGAAAUCCUUGACUUUUUGACACAAGUUAAGGUUAACUUGCCAUUACUUCAUGUAAUCAAGCAAGUACCGGCUUAUGCCAAAGUUAUCAAGGAUCUAUGCACUAUCAAAAGGAAGCACCAUGUCAAGAAAACUGCAUUCUUGGCAGAACAAGCUAGUGCGGUGAUCGACUGCAAGACACCGCUUAAACACAAAGAUCCUGGUUGUCCCACCAUUUCAUGUCAAAUAGGGCAACAGGAAUUUGGCCAAGCCCUCCUGUACUUAGGUGCAAGUGCAAAUCUCAUGCCUUAUUCCAUAUACUUGCAACUAGGCCUAGGAAAACUUAAGCCCACAUAUGUGGUGCUACAAUUGGCCGAUCGAUCAGUUAAGAAACCUCAGGGAAUAGUUGAAGAUGUCUUGAUUCAAAUCGAUAAAUUCUAUUACCCUGUGAAUUUUCUCAUCUUGGACACUCAAUCUGAAGUAAACUUAGAGUCCGAAAUUCCCAUCAUUCUCGGACGACCAUUCCUCACAACAGCAAAUGCACUCAUCAAUUGUAGGAAUGGUCUCAUGAAAAUCUCUUUUAGGAACAUGACACUAGAGGUGAAUGUUUUCAACAUUGGUAAACAACCACCUGAUAACGAUGAGUGUUUCCAAUCAUUUCUGAUCGAUACACUUAUUUUAGAAGAGGUAGAAGCACAAUACACUUCCACUCAUCUCAAUGACCUCUUUGAAAUUUCUGAGAUUUCUGAGUCGGGUAAUACUGAAAUCAACCCUGAAGUCAUCAAUCAAUUACCGACCAAAAGAACCAUGUUUUGGAAUCCAAUCUUCGAGGAACUUCCUCAAGAUAGGGAAACACCAAAACCAUCCACUGUACAAGCUCCUCAACCAAACUUGGCUCAACUUCCUAAGGAACUUAAGCAUGUCUUGUUGGGAGCAAACAACACUUUCCCUGUCAUCAUAUCCUCCACCCUUAAUGCAACUCAAGAGCAAUAA